UUUAGAACCGGCUCAAAACUUUUUUUUGUAGAGAGCGGCUAGUUGUCGGAGGUGACCCCAGAACAUCUUUUUAUGGUGCUCUGCUGUGGCGCUCCAUGAUGAACUUCUGCAUCCCAGACAUGUAUGACAUGCCUCACUCUGGGCUGGGAGGCUACUCGGCGCAGGGCGGAGGGGAACACUGCAUGUACGCGGCAGGCGAGGGACUAACCGGGUACGGACCCGGGUACAGACCCGGGUACGGACACUCUGAACUCCACCAUCCGCCCUGCAUGGAGCAGGCUUGGCCGCCCAGCCAGCAUUACUCCUGCUCGUACGCCGGUGGCCCGCCUGUUUAUAAGAGCGAGUUUCGCAGCAUGGAGAUCUCUCUCAGCCAUUACCACCAUCAGCCUGAAUAUUUCCCUGAGAUCAAACCUGACAUCUCACACCUGCAGUGGAUGCAGGGGGCACACCCGAAAGGGUACAUUCCAAGUUACCUGGACAAGGAUGAGCUAUGUGUAGUGUGCGGGGACAAAGCCACCGGCUACCACUAUCGCUGCAUUACCUGUGAAGGCUGCAAGGGUUUCUUCAGGCGGACGAUUCAGAAGAAUCUCAACCCGACCUACGCUUGUAAGUACGAGGGGAAGUGUGUCAUCGACAAAGUGACCAGAAACCAGUGCCAGGAAUGCCGCUUCAAGAAGUGUAUUGCCGUGGGCAUGGCGACCGACUGUAAGUGUCACAGGCUGAGAUGGGCUGUUGGGUCUGCUUGCAUACACGGGUUCUUCAUUGAAACUUCACGAUUCCUGUUGAUUAUCCAACAGGUCGAGGAAGCUAUGCUUCUAAAUGAAAUAACAUGUAAUUUAUUCUAUACUUCUGACCAGAGUGCAGCGGGGGUGAAGGAAACUAAGCCUGAGGAGAAUUGCCAAGCGUCCAUGGUCAAUACACCCGAAGGCAACAAAGUGGACAUAGAAGCCUUCACUCAGUUUACAAAAAUUAUCACCCCUGCCAUAACCCGAGUGGUGGACUUUGCCAAAAAACUGCCUAUGUUUUGUGAGCUGCCUUGUGAAGACCAGAUCGUCCUGUUGAAAGGCUGCUGCAUGGAGAUCAUGUCGCUGCGAGCCGCCGUCCGCUACGACCCGGAGAGUGAGACGCUCACGCUCAACGGCGAGAUGGCGGUCACGCGGGAGCAACUGAAGAACGGAGGCCUGGGCGUGGUCUCGGACGCCAUCUUUGACCUUGGCGUGUCGCUGUCCUCCUUCAACCUGGAUGACUCGGAGGUGGCUCUCCUACAGGCCGUCAUCCUGCUUUCAUCCGAUCGGCCGGGCCUGAGCAGCGUGGAGCGAAUCGAGCGCUGCCAGGAGGAGUUCCUGCUGGCCUUUGAACAUUACAUCAACUACCGCAAACACAAAGUGGCACAUUUCUGGCCCAAGCUGCUAAUGAAGGUGACGGACCUGCGGAUGAUCGGCGCCUGCCACGCCAGCCGAUUCCUUCACAUGAAAGUGGAGUGUCCCACCGAGCUAUUCCCUCCUCUCUUCCUGGAGGUCUUCGAGGACUGACCAAUGGAUUUUUGUGUAUGUUUGUGUGAAUGUGUGCGUGUGCCUGUGUGUGUGCAUACGUCAGCGCCUGGGCACCCUGGUGGUCUCAGGGGGUGGAACCAGCAGAAGGCCCGUCACAAUGAACUUUCUAUUAGCACUACUGAGUAUCACUUCAUUCCAUAGUUUAGGAGUAGCUCUUGGGUCUAAUUUUUACGUAAGAUGAUUAGGGCCACGUGAAAAAAAUUCAAAAUUCUGAGUUUAAAGUCAGAAUUCUGAGAAAAAAAGGUCAGUUUUUGCUCCUUAUUUCUUCCACAGAAUUCUGACUUUAAACUCUGAACUCAAAUACAUUUUUCCCAUGUGGCCCCAAUCCUCUUCCACAACUGUUGGAUGGAACCAUCCCUUAACAGUGCGGGUACAUGUGAAUAGCAUUUUGUUCUUUUCUGGGUUUGUUUGUUGUUGUUUACUGUCAUGGAUAUAACCUCUCACCUCGGAUUUUACUAUAGUUUUAUUCCGUUUUUAAUGAUUGUACAGUUGGCAUAAUGGUUAUUUUAUCAACACUUGUUCAAAGAUUGGAAACCAUGCAAAUGUUGUAUUUUCUUCCUUCUACGUUGGAAAAUUCUAAACGGCUGGCUGCUGUUCUGAUACACAAAAUAAGACAUCGUUAGCGAUGCUUUAGACUCUCUCCUAACCGCGCAACUUUGUCACACCCACUUGUUGGUAUAGUCAGUAAUCCAUCCAGGUCUCACGUGACAGCGUUAAGUCGUAUAAUGCGGCGUUCCAGAGAUGUCGGAAAAAUCUGAAUUUGGCAACAGAACUGCAGCUUAAGGCAGGACUCUUGAGCAAGAAACCCGGCCAAGAUUGUGCAGCUGCUAACACUACCCAACAAUACUGUUUGUUAUCCUUAAAUCACACAAGUUGAUUUUUCUUAGUAAAGUAUGAGCAUAAUUCUGCCCAAUGCCUCUGCUGAAGGUAGCUAAACUUAAGAUUUUUGAACUGUGAAAGCUAGAAAACAUUGCUAAAUAUCAUGGACACUUUAGUUUGUGCUCCCCGGCAGCAUGUUAGGGCCAAUACAAAAGAAAAAGAAAACCCAUUGUAUACAUAAAAUCAUAGGGCAUGAUAUUUUGAGGAAAAGUCCAAAAGCAUCUGCCAAAGGAAUGUAAAGAAUGUUCAUUUGUUUAUUUAAGUCAGGAAUAUGCAAGAAAGAUUUAUUGAAGUAAACCACACGGCUUUCCUUUGACACUCUGUAUGUUCUCGUUCGUAGAAAAUGUCAAACCAAACUCCA